GUGUGUCCCCGCGUCACAUGAAGAGAAACACAACGCACAGGGAAGAUUGAGUUGCGGGCCGAGCAAAGCAGAUCAUGUCGUCUCCAGAAAUUGCUUCCUUAUCCUGGGGCCACAUGAAGGUCAAAGGUUGCUCCACAUCCUAUAAAGACUGUAAAGUGUGGCCUGGUGGCAGCCGUGCCUGGGACUGGCGUGAAACCGGCACAAAUCAUCAUCCAGGGGUCCAGCCGUCUGACCUGGAGGAGAUUUUGAGGAAAGGAGUGCAGACGCUGGUCAUAGGAAGAGGGAUGAGUGAAGCUCUGCAGGUUCCUCCGUCCACCUUAGAUUACGCGAAGAAGCAGGGAGUCGACGUCCGGGUGUUUCAGACGGAGCAGGCUGUCAGAGAAUACAACGCUUUAGCAGGAAAAGGAGAAAAAGUGGGCGGUGUUUUCCACUCCACCUGCUGAAGACAACCUGCUAAUGUUUACUACGGUGUUAAAUGUGCCUUACUCUUCAAACGAACACGGUUUUCUUAAUAUAAGCUUCAUCAUUUGGAUUCUGGAUUGUUUUCUUUGUGUUAAUGAAAAUGAAAACAAUUGUGCUCUGAAAAUAACAUGAGCACACUCAUACACAAGAGAUACAAAUAAACAAAAUGGUUUAUUUUGGAUAAGACAUAACAGUGGAAAACAUCUGAUUUUUGUGUUGGCUGUUAAUUGCAGAUAUGUACACUACAGCUCAAAAUUUCAGGAUCAGGAUUUAUUUCAAUCUGCUGACCAAGACUGCAUUUAUUUGAUCCAAAAAUACAAUAAAACAACAUCAAACUGUU